AUGUACAGCGUGGUAGCGCACCAGAACUACGGCCGCGAACGGCGAGACAACCGUCAGCAAACUCAACAGCACCAGCACGGGCAAUCCUCGCAACCGCAUCACCACCACCAUCAUCACCAUCAGCAGCACCACCAUCAGCAGCACCACCAUCAGCAGCACCACCAUCACCACGGGCAAAAUCUUCAGGGUGGUGGAUCCGAUGGUGUCGGCAGCGUUGGCGGCAGUGGUGGCGGAGCGGGCGCCGGUGGUACUGGUGACUGUACAUCCCGCGGACCAACGGGCCAACAGCAUUACCAUCCGGACGGCAAGAGACGGUCGCAGAGGCACCGGAACUUGUCCAUCACCGGACGUUUCUUAAACUAUUUGAAGCGCAGAUUCAACCCAGUUCAAGGUAAACGAUUAUAUAAUAAUAAUAUCAAGUAUAAUUUCAACAGCUAAGGGAGUUAAGCUUAGUAGAGGAAAACGUCUACUCUCGGGAAAAACGAGUAUUGUAAUAUUAUAUUAUACGGUUUAUCUAUAUUUGUCACUUUUCAAAAACGCGAAACAAACUUAUUCAAAAUGAUAUCGAAAUAUACUAAAAAAUACGACGCGCGAACAAAUGUUUUACAUAAUAUUGUAGAAUAAAACGGAUGUUUAGCCGUUAAUUCAACCACUUCGUUUUCAUGAAAUUCCAAAAGAAGAAACCGUUUGGAACAUAUUAUUAUUAUGCAAUAAUAUUAUACCUACCAACUCGUUAUUUAAAGUGAACUGCAGGUGAGCCUUGGGAUGUGUGAAAACUUUCUGGGACGUAUAUUUAUUAUGUAUACACGUCCCAGUGGGACUCGGAUGGUUUAAGUUUCGAAAUUCUGUGUUUGGAAAGAAUAACAUUUCGACGAGUAAGUCGCAUUCAUCUGAAAAGUAA